AUAAUUGGCUGGAAUCUCAUGAAAUCAAGGCAACCCUGAUCUUCAUUCUGGAGAAGAGGAGGAAGAAUUUUUCAAGCCUUCCAACUUUCUGGGUAGCAGGAACUGCCUAGGAAAGUAAACUCGGCACUUACUCUGUAUUUUUGUUUGUUUUAAAGCUAGAAUCCAAAUUUAUCUCAAACUGUUUUUAAAGACUCUAAUCUACAAAGUGGUUUUGCUGAAAAAUCUCUUUUCCCCAUCCACUUUAAAGAGCAGCUGAACUAGUUGUUGCAUUAAGACCUGAGCUUGAUAUCAGGAUUUGAGAAGCUGAUGCUCUGGAAACUUACAAACCAAAGAAACUAACAAUUGCAGGCACUUUACAUUUUGCACUGAGUGUGCCCCAAAGACUCUUGCCUUGAGAGAGAACUCCAGAGAAGGUUGAAGCAGAGCGGAUUUGAUCUCACCAGAAUCUACUGCAGUGUCUCUGCUGGCUCUGUGGCUGGCGUCUCCCGUUCUGGAUUGUGCUUGAUGGGGGUUUUUGCUAGGGGAGCAGACCUUGUGGCUAAGGACAGAAUUGUCGAACUGGAGGACUUGGAAUAUAUAUGUCGAAAGGCAUAUUGGCUUAACCCCCAAGCAAAAGACUUUUUCUCUGCUGGGUCCCUUCUGUAGUAUAUCAAGGGUUGAAGGCUGGAGACAGCCUGCAUAAUCUUGCAACAUGACCUCCAAGCUGGAACAAAAGGAAGCUCAUCACACCAAUGGCGUGGUGCUACCCAUUGUUGCUGGCCCUAUAGACUGUCUCUCCAGUCCUGACCGAGAACAUCUUGUUGAAUCUUCCGAGUUUUUAGGGCCUGAAGAAGGAGGAGGUGUCGAGGUGGUAGUGAUAGAAUCCCGAGCCAAUGCCAAAGGGGUGCGUGAGGAAGAUGCCCUGCUAGAGAAUGGCAGUCAAACUACAGAGAGUGAUGAUACCAGCACAGACCGUGGCCCAGAACCAGCCUCUCCUCUAAAAGAGACCUCCUUUUCCAUUGGGCUGCAAGUCCUCUUUCCUUUCCUGCUGGCAGGGUUUGGGACAGUAGCAGCUGGGAUGGUCCUGGACAUUGUGCAGCACUGGGAUGUCUUCAAGUAUGUGACCGAAGUAUUCAUCCUGGUUCCAGCACUCCUGGGACUGAAGGGAAACUUGGAGAUGACACUAGCAUCUCGGCUCUCUACAGCUGCUAAUAUUGGGCAAAUGGACACUCCCAAAGAGCUUUGGAAGAUGAUAACAGGGAACAUGGCUCUGAUUCAGGUUCAAGCAACAGUGGUUGGCUUUCUGGCUUCAAUUGCUGCAGUGAUAUUUGGCUGGAUCCCAGAUGGGCACUUCAGCAUUGGCCAUGCCAUUCUCCUCUGUGCCAGUAGUGUGGCCACAGCCUUCAUAGCCUCCCUUGUGCUGGGCAUGAUCAUGAUUGGCGUAAUCAUUGGCUCCAGAAAGAUGGGCAUCAACCCUGAUAAUGUGGCUACGCCUAUAGCUGCCAGUCUCGGUGACCUCAUCACACUUGCCCUGCUCUCUGGAAUCAGUUGGGGUCUCUACAUCGAACUAGAGGAGAAAGCCUAUGUGAAUCCACUGGUGUGUGCUUUCUUUGUUGCCCUGUUGCCCCUUUGGAUCAUCAUUGCCAAGAAAAAUCCAGCAACCCGGGAGGUGCUGUACUCUGGCUGGGAACCAGUCAUCAUUGCCAUGGCUAUUAGCAGUGUUGGAGGACUGAUAUUGGAUAAAACUGUGUCAGAUCCAAAUUUUGCAGGGAUGGCAGUCUUUACACCGGUUAUAAAUGGUGUUGGUGGCAAUCUGGUGGCUGUCCAAGCCAGCCGCAUCUCCACUUACCUCCACAUGAGUGGGAUGCCUGGAGAGAGCUCUGAGGCGGCCCCUCGAAAGUGUCCAAGUCCUUGCAGCACUUUCUUCAGUUCAGAUGUGAAUUCCCGGUCUGCCCGCGUGCUCUUCCUCCUGGUGGUUCCUGGCCACCUUGUUUUCCUCUACACCAUCAGCUCCAUGCAAGGCGGCCACACAACACUCACCUUGAUCUUUAUCAUUUUCUACAUGACUGCAGCACUUCUCCAGGUUCUCAUUCUUCUCUACAUUGCUGACUGGAUGGUCCACUGGAUGUGGGGCAGAGGCAUGGACCCGGACAACUUUUCUAUACCUUACCUGACAGCGCUGGGCGACUUGCUUGGGACAGGUCUGCUGGCCCUCAGCUUCCAUAUUCUCUGGCUCAUUGGGGACCGAGACACAGACGUAGGGGACUGAAGCUACUCUUCCUCAGCAUCUCCACUCCCCGGCUCUUUUCCUUCAGUGACAUUCCCCGCCCCCACCCCUUCUACAAAGCCUUGCUUGCCACCCGCUGUCUCUCUUUGGGACUUUAACUUUGAUACUGGAUUCUCAUUAUUUUCAAUGGGAAUUUUAUGUGGUUUAUAUUUCAAGCCAAGUUUGUACAGGAAAAAAAUGUUUUAGGAAGGAUAAAAGAAGAAGAAAAAUAUGUAAAGACAAUCACCAAGUGCAAUUUCAUAAUGGUUAAUAUCUGAACUAAAGGAUAUUACAGAACAAUUGAUCAGAUUUUUAAGAAAUCCCACCUUCCCCAGUUUGCACCCACUCAAGACACUAAAUGUGAAGGGCCUGUGUGUGUGUGUGUGUGUGUGUGUGUGUGUGUUUACGUUUGAGAAAGAUGCAAUUCAUAUUUGCUUUGCUAUUUGAACCUAGGUAUAAGAGUUAUUUGCCUAUUGUCACAACUGGAUUCUGAAUCGGAUUCAGUGGUUUGGAUUCUGUGCAUGCUUCCUUCAAUUUGUCAACGCUAGUACUGCAUCUGAUUUGACCACAAACAAGGCCUUCGUGGCUCAGAAAAUUGACCACUUGCCAUUAGUAGACUGCCCUGUAACUCAAAUUUGACUGUGUUGCAUCCUACCCUAGGCUGAAUGUUCUUUAAAGGAUGUUGGGCUACUCGGAAUAACAGAAUGAUUGGUGGGAAUAGACCAAAUUCAUUCUCUGCUGAGGAGUCCACAAAAGCCGGACUCAAGAAGAGAUGAUUAUGGUGGACUUUCACUAUUUUAUACUAUAGUCUUAAAAAAGUGAUACAGCUAAGAUCCACCUUGUUCCUGUUAGUUUCUACUUAGUGCCAGUUCCCUUGCAAAAACACGAUCAUCCAUUUUUUAAAAAAGGCUGAUACAAAGUACAGCUUAUAUUCAGCUGCCUAUCGCUGUUAAAGAGAGUUGGAUUUUCACUGCUUUACACAGAACCUGGGCGCUUGCUCUCACCUAAUGCCUUUUUAAACCUAUUGCCUCUUCUGUGCUGCUUCGUUUAUGAAUGGUCCAUUUUGAUCUGAAAAAUGAUGAACCAACUGGUUUCAUAUUAUCAUUGUCUCCAAAUUUUAAAUGCCGGCAUUGAGAUGAGUCACGGUGCUGCACUUUGACGUCAACUGUGGGUGCUUGCAGCCCCUGAGUUCUCAACACAAAUUAUCUGAGGGCAUCUGCAACAGCACAGAUGCUGGAUAUUUCCCAGUCGACCUAGCAAUGUGGCACAUAUGUAUCCUUAUAUAGUACAAAGCAGUUGGUUCAUAUCAAAAGUCUUCACGUGUUCAGGGAUGAAAGCUCUUCACUUGUAUGUCUUAAGUGUUUGGAAGAUCAGCUUGGUGUACCCCCCCACUCUGUCAAAUAAAUUCCUAGAGGUUACCCUCUCUAUGUUGAGGUCAUUAAAUAUGGCACAUCCUGGGUUUGUUUGUGGGUCCAUUGCAUGGCAGCAAGUAAGACCCAUCGCUCACUUUCAACACUAGCAGGUUCUGGCUAAGGUUGGUAGUAUUAAAAAUAAAUUGUUCUAUUUUAUGACACUCAAUCUGAAGAAAUGUCGUCCAAUCUGACAGAGUAACUGUCCGGAAACUGACACAGCAUUUUUUAUUUUUUAUUUUUGGAAGCAUGACAUUUAUUUUUUGUCUCAAAAGUUCUGUAGAAGACUCCCAGUACUGGGGAUCCUAGAGCCUGAGCACUCCGGAUUUUACUGCAUUCUGAGCUCCGCUGGCCAGGGAACAUUGGGGGAAAUACAGAUUAGCUUCUGUGAGCAAUGCAUUUCCUCUUUUGAAGUGCACCAUGCUCACCACAAGUUCUGCAAGCUCCAUGCUCUGGCCCUCAUGGAGCUGGAACCCUUCGAAUGAGUAGCUCAAGAUAACGUAAAUGGAAACAGCCACGUAGCUUCCCUAAAACAAGGUGUGACAAGGGGACCAUUUCAUUCAUCCUAGGAAUGAAAGUGAAGACUCCAGAUUGUCCUUGGAUGGGGGCCUCUUGUGCUGUUAUUUACUUGCAUGUAGGUCAUGUCUACCUAUUCUUGUUAGGCACUCUAAUCAAACACAUUUCUUCAAUGCAAACUCUACUUAAGCCAGGCAUGGCCAAACUUGGCUCUCCAGAUGUUUUGGGACUACAAUUCCCAUCAUCCCUGACCACUAGUCCUGUUAGCUAGAGAUGAUGAGAGUUGUAGUCCCAAAACAUCUGGAGGGCCCAGUUUGGCCAUGUCUGACUUAAGCUCUCUUUACUUACUUCUCCAUUAGCUUCUCCACGGUGGAGCAUCAUUUCUUAAUGUGCUUUCUCCUUUUGGCUUUAAUUCCUAAAUGAAACUGAAGUGCAGAGAGGAAAUUAGUAUGGAUGUGUCUGGAAUAUGCAGUGGUCUUCUGAAGAAGAUUGGGGUACUAGAUUUGACUUGGUAUGCCUAACAGACCCGAGAUUACAUAGAAUACCUGUUGCCUUCAGAAAGGUGUAUUGCCUUUUUAUAUUAAAAAAACCCACUAAGCAUAACAGGGCAGCUUUUGCUAGCAACAAUUAUGCUUGCUGGGCUAGAGCAUAAAUGAGUUUCCUAUAAAAUUUGGAUUUGGGACCCUGACCUUCUAAAUAACUCUUAGAGGCAGUGUUGCUCCAGUUCAGAAGGCUUGAACUGUGAUCAAAAUGAAAGAUCUAGAUGGAAAUUUGUGCCAGAGUGGUGCAUAAAGGGCUCAAUUGGACCACUGUACUCUUGAGGCUGUUAAUCUUAAACAGGGGCUGUUUUACCAUAGUCCUGUGGCUUCAAGAGGCCUAUUUCAGACUGCCCUGAGCAUUGGCGCCCUCAUACCAAGCCAUCAAUAACAAAGCUUUGGGACCACAGUGCAAAAGUGUAUCUAAGGCCAUCUUUUCAGUCUACAUUGCAGGGUAGCCUUAAUUAUGUGGCACAGUAGAUGUGGAUAUAGAUGUCAAACUUCUGUGAAUAACAGUUUUUGCACAGCUGAAAGCGAUACUCUUCUGACUUUCAACUGGGAGCACUUGUAAAUAACUCAGUUUCUGCUUAAGAAUGGGCUUUGUCAACAUAACUCAGUGUUAUCUAAGGGGUCCGGGACUUUCAUCUUGCCUACCCAUAGCUGUUAAAUGUUAAACUUCUAUAAUGACCUUCAGUUGUCUCCCCUCUGUGUGUGUUGUACUGUUGGAUGCAUCUAAGUUUUCAGCUUUGUAACAUUGGAGCAAUCCGUUUCUUUAUACAUGGAAUCCCCUUUGAACAUCUUUUCUUCCUCAUUACAUCCAUUUCUCUGGUCAAAGUCUGUGUCUGUGCAUCCCGUGAAAGAGUGUAACUCUCCUGGUCUUGGCUGCAAGACUUAGCCCCAGGCCCAGGAGCUGGAGUGUGUGCAUGUCACUUGGGUGGAAUCCCUAGAUUUUAUUAUGUAUGCAGUGGGGUGAGAUGGGGGAACAAAGUGGGUGUGUAUGAACAGAAUUUAAUCUCAAAGCAUUGAAGAAUAAUUUUAUUCUCACCGGUUGCACUCAAAUGCAUGUAUAUUUAAACCUGGCUGCAAAUGACGAUGAAGCUAUUGGUUUACACCUUUAUUAAAAGAAAAAGAAACUCAUUAUUUAUAGUUGCUGUAACUGAAUUGACAGAUGCCAAUUUAACUGAUAAAUUAUAUUUGGUAAAAUAAAGAUGACAUUUCUUUAUA